AUGGCAGGCCAGACAGUAUCCAUGAAGGAACCAGUAUGUCUGAUUGAGAACGACAGUGAUGGGAAGCUGCGUGUGGUCCGCAGUGCACUGGACAUCCUGGACCAGAUUGACCAGCAUGUGGUAGUGGUGGCGGUGGUCGGGCUGUACCGCACCGGCAAGUCCUACCUCAUGAACAAGCUGGCUGGGGAGAGGAAAGGUGAGCACAUCCACUAAAGCAUUUUUUUAUGUAUGGUUCGACCAAAGUCCAAACAAAGAUAUAAACACAACAUGUAAAGUGUUGGUCCCAUGUUUCAUGAGCCUAAAUAAAAGAUCCCAGAAAUUUCCAUACGAACAAAAAGCGUAUUUCUCUGACAUUUUGUGCACAAAUUUCCUUACAUCCCUGUUAGUGAGCAUUCCUCCUUUGCCAAGAUAAUCCAUCCACCUGACAGGUGUGGCAUAUCAAUAAGCUGAUUCAACCAUAUGAUCAUUACACCGGUGCACCUUGUGCAGGGGACAAUAAAAGGCCACUCUAAAAUGUGCAGUUUUGUCACACAACACAAUGCCACAGAUGUCUCAAGUUUUGAUGGAGUGUGCAAUUGGCAUGCUGACUACAGGAAUGUCCACCAGAGCUGUUGCCAGAGAAUUGAAUGUUCACUUCUCUACCAUAAGCUGCCUCCAACGUCGUUUUGGCAGUACGUCCAACCGAUAUCACAACCGCAGACCACGCAUAACCAUACCAGGCCAGGACCUCCAUAUCCGGCUUCUUCACUUGCAGGAUCAUCUGAGACCAGCCAUCCGGACAGCAGAUGAAUCUGUGGGUUUGCCCAACCGAAGAAUUUCUGCACAAACUGUGAGAAACCCUCUCAAGGAAGCUCAUCUGUGUGCUCGUCGUCCUCACCAUGGUCUUGACCUGACUGCAGUUCGGCGUCUUAACCGACUUCAGUGGGCAAAUGCUCACCUUCGAUGGGGUUAUUGUAUGGGCAGGCAUAAACUACUGACAGCGAACACUAUUUCAUUUUAUCUAUGGCAAUUUUAAUGCACAGAGAUACGGUGAUGAGAUCCUGAGGUCCACUGCUGUGCCAUUCAUCUGCUGCCAUCACCUCAUGUUUCAGCAUGAUAGUGCACAGCCCCAUGUCGCAAGGAUCUGUACACAAUUCCUGGAAGCUGAGAAUGUCCCAGUUCUUCCAUGGCCUUCAUACUCUUCAGACAUGUCACUCAUUGAGCAUUUUUGGGAUGCUCUGGAUUGACGUGUACGACAGCGUUUUACAGUUCCCGCCAAUAUCCAGCAACUUCGCACUGCCAUUGAAGAGGAGUGGGACAACAUUCCACAGGCCACAAUCAACAGUCUGAUCAACUCUAUGCGAAGGAGAUGUGUCACGCUGCAUGAGGCAAAUGGUGGUCACACCAGAUACUGACUGGUUUUCUGAUCCACGCCCCUACUUUUUUGUUGUUGAAGGUAUCUGUGACCAACAGAUGCAUAUGAAAUCCAUAGAUUAGGGCAUAAUGAAUUUAUUUCAAUUGACUGAAUUCCUUAUUUGAACUGGAACUCAGUCAAGUCUUUGAAAUUGUUGCAUGUAUUUUUGUUCAGUGUACAUAACAAUACGCAUGUCCGCAAAACUGUUAUAUGGUUAAGGAAUGAUUAUGUAUAAGAUAAUGAUUUAUCAUAAAGAUAGGGUAAUCGCAAUUUGAAACAGAAAGUGUUAACUUAUGUACAGCAUGUCUAUAUGUACUGCAUUUGACAUUCUGGGUUAGAGAGACAGAUAUGCUGCACCAAAGUACAGAUUUAUCUUGUUCUGACCACAUUAUGCUUUGACGGUUAUUUCUCUCAAUCCUGUUAUUGCAUUCUGGAAACUACAGUUAGUUUUUCUUUCAGUUUUACACCAUAAAGUACAACCAGACAGCAGAGCAAACAUAAAAACAUUUUGUUCCGACCACAUUUGUUCUAGGUGGGUUCUGUAGAUAAAUGGUGCCGUAAACACAACCUAUAUGACCUGUGACACAUUGUGUUAUUGCACUGGCUGCUAGUUUCACUUUCAGUCUGUUAGUAUGAUAUACAGUAUAACUAGACAAAAAGGUUAAUCUGAAAACCAGCUGCCUUGAGUAAACAAUUUACAUCCAGCUGCCUCUUUACAGAUUCCUUAUUUUAAUGUCCUAAGAACAGUUUUUAUCCUCUGUCCUCAAGGUUUUGCCCUUGGAGCCACCAUCCAGUCCAAAACUAAGGGCAUCUGGAUGUGGUGUGUGCCUCAUCCUGAAAAAAGAGACCACACCCUGGUGCUGCUGGAUACAGAGGGGCUGGGGGAUGUGGAGAAGGUGGGAGGUCAAAGUUCACUCUCUGUCAAAAACCUUUUAUGGCUCAGAUUGUUUAGAUGACAGAUAGCAUUGCUAUGGGUAAAGUCCCAUGUUAUCUCAGUGGACUGUGUCUAGUACUGAUGGCUGAUGUCAUCAACUGUAUAUCAUGUCUGACUUAUAAAUUAAUGAUAUAUACCCAUUGAUUCUAAAGAAUAUAACUUAUAAAUAAUGCCUCAUGAGCUUAGUUCAACUGUCGUACCCCAUCAGAACCCAAAAUAUAAGCUUGUUUUACUCCAAUGUUUGUAAAUGUAUAUAAACACUGUAUAACAUCAUGGUUAACACUACAAUUAUGAUAUCACGGAUGGUAAGUCAUUGCAUCCAUAGCUCAGUCUAUGAAUUUGAGUCAUUACAUUUCUCCAGGCCCAUCCCUCUGCUUUUUAAAUAAUGAUUUUAACCAAAACUGAGGCAGGGUGUAAGCUUUGUUAAUGUUUCAAUUAAGGAUUCUAGCUUCAACCUUUAUUUAUGUAGGGAGCCCAUAAAACGGCAUAUGGAGUAGACAUUUCGUUACUGACUUUAUUCCAAUCCACUCUAGUAUGAACAGAGUACCAAGGUGUUCCUUCUGUUGUGUCUGCAGGGUGAUGAGAAGAAUGACAACUGGAUCUUUUCCCUGGCUGUCCUGCUCAGCAGUACUCUGGUGUACAACAGCAUGGGAACCAUCGACAACAACGCCCUGGAGAAACUACAGUAUCCUUCAGCAGGCCUAUAAAGAAAUAUAGAUUGAUGUAGUCUAAUUUGGUUCGAGGAAAUCUAUAAAACACAAUCAGAGUAAGAAUCAAUCCUGUCUUAGUAUUUGAACCAGACACCAGUUUACUGCGUAGUGUUGUAUGUCUGGGUUCAUUUAGUCCUCAACACCCCCCCCCCCCCCCCACAGCUAUGUGACAGCAAUGACAGAGCACAUCAAGGUGAAGUCCAACCAGCGAGACGGGGAGGAAUCUUCAGAGUACCUGCGUUACUUUCCUUCCUUUGUGUGGACAGUCAGAGAUUUCACCCUGACCCUGGAGGUUGAUGGAAUACCCAUCACAGCCAAUGAGUACCUGGAGAACGCUCUUAAACUGAAAACAGGUGAAGGGAACACAGCUAGCGCAGCUAACUUAAUCUCUUAAUCAAAACCAUGGUUAGAUUGAAUUUACGGUUAAUCAUAUUUUAUUUGUUAAUUAAUGAUUGAUUUACUUUCCCUUUCAUUUACAAAGGUCAUAGUAAGAAAGAUCAGGCAUACAACCUGCCUCGUAGCUGCCUGCGGAACUAUUUCACUCCUCGCUGGUGCUUUGUGUUUGAGAGGCCAGCCAACGGAAACAAAAUGAGACGUAUGGAGGAGCUGACCGAUGCUGACCUGGAGCCCUCCUUUGUGGAGCAAGCCAAGGAGUUCUGUGACCAUGUCUUCAAGGAGGCCAAGACCAAGACCCUGAAACAGGGCCUGAAAGUUACCGGCAGACGUGAGUAUUCAAACACUGAUAUUGAGGAUGGAAAGCACUUAUGAAAGUAGGUAAUGAUUUUUAAUAAUAGAACUACACUACUGCUGCUACUAUAACUACUUCCUCUAUUUUUACUACUACUACUACGACUACAACCACCUUGACCAGAACAACUAACAACACCAUUAGUACUUAAAUUACUAUUAAUUCUACUACUUACAUUACAUCUAUACAAGCACCGCUACAGUACUACCACCAUCAUUACCACAACUACCAGAUAUGCUGAUUCCCUGCCCUCUCCUGCAGUGCUGGGAAACCUGGCAGAGACCUAUGUGUCUGCCAUCCGGAGCGGGCAGAUCCCCUGCCUGGACAACGCUGUGUUGGCGCUGGCCCAGAUUGAGAACUCCAGUGCCAUCGAGAGGGCCAGGGCCCACUACCAGAAAGGCAUGGCUGACUGGGUGGCCUACCCCACAGAGACCCAAGAGGAGCUGUCUGAAGUACAUGCUGUCAUGGAGAAGGAGGCUGUGGCCAUAUUCAUCAACAGCUCCUUUAAAGACGAGGACCAGAAGUAUCAGUUGGAGCUCAUGGUAUGGGAGUGUAGAUUCCAUAUUCAAUGAGUCAAUAUUCAAUUCAGUGAUGCAUGUAUUUAACAAGAGGAGGAUAAUUUGUCAUUUGGGUGAGCUAUCCCUUCAUGCUACACUUACAUGUACAUUUUAGUCAUUCAGCAGACUCACUUAUCCAGAGCGAUUAGGGUUAAGUGCCUUGCUCCAGGGGAACAUCGACAGAUUUCUCACCAUUUAUUACCUCAACUGAACCAAGACAUUCUGGUUUGUUCUGGUACAUUCUGAACCAGCCUUAUCCUUUCUGUAGAAAGUGCUUCAGGAGGAGUACCAGAAGAUCUGUGAGAGGAACUACAAGGAGUCCCAGAAGGCAUGCGAGUCCAAAAUCGAAUGCAUCUUUGCCCCUCUGGAGGAGCAAAUAAGGGAUGGAUCCUACAUGACCUCUGGAGGAUACAAAGAGUACUGCAACGACCUGAAACUGGCCACCAGCGAAUACAGAUCUGAGAAAGGCGGGGGUGUAAAGGUACGUUGUUGAGGUGGUGCUUCAGCUAUUUUAGGAUAGUAUGCAAUUAUCAUGUUUUGUGGAUGCUGUUCAAAGGAGUUAUGCAUGUACUGAUGUGAUGUUGAAAGUUAAACAUUAUGUGUGGUGGUUCCAGGCUGAAGAGGUACUGAAGGAGUACUUGGAAAGGAAGGCCAGCAUUGGUCAGGCCAUCCUGUCAGCAGACAAGUCCCUCAGUGAAGCUGAGCAGAGAGCAGAA